GGAAGUGGCUCAGAACCGGGCUCAACCAAGGUGCACAGUCCCACGGCUGUGGAGGCUGCUCCGCGGGGCGUCACUCGGACCGCGUUUCCUCGGCUCUCGGCGGCCGCGCCAUGGACGAGGCGGUGGGCGACCUGAAGCAAGCGCUUCCCUGUGUCGUCGAGCCGCCCGCGGUUCACGUGGAGGUCCUGCAGCGCCGCAGCAGUACUGCAAAAAAAGAAGACAUAAAGCUGAGUGUUCAAAAACUGCUCAACAGGCAUAAUAUUGUGUUUGGAGAUUACACGUGGACUGAGUUUGAUGAACCUUUUCUGACCAGAAAUGUCCAGUCUGUUUCUAUUGUUGACACAGAAUUAAAGGCCAAAGACUCUCAGCCCAUUGAUUUGAGUGCAUGCACCAUCGCACUUCACGUCUUCCAGUUGAAUGAAGACGGCCCCACCAAUGAAAAUUUGGAUGAAGAGACAGAAAAUAUAAUUGCAGCAAGUCACUGGAUUCUGCCUGCAGCUGAAUUUCAUGGGCUUUGGGACAGCCUCGUGUAUGAUGUGGAGGUCAAAUCACAUCUCCUUGAUUAUGUGAUGACCACCUUACUGUUCUCAGACAAGAAUGUGGACAGCAACCUUAUCACCUGGAACCGGGUGGUGCUGCUGCACGGUCCUCCAGGAACUGGAAAAACAUCCCUUUGUAAGGCAUUAGCACAGAAACUGACCAUCAGACUGACAAGCAGGUACCGGUAUGGCCAGUUGAUUGAAAUAAACAGCCACAGCCUAUUUUCUAAGUGGUUUUCAGAAAGCGGCAAGUUGGUAACUAGGAUGUUCCAGAAGAUUCAGGACUUGAUUGAUGAUAAGGAAGCUCUGGUGUUUGUGCUGAUUGAUGAGGUGGAGAGUCUCACAGCUGCUCGAAAUGCUUGUAGGGCAGGCGCAGAGCCAUCAGAUGCUAUCCGUGUAGUCAAUGCUGUCUUGACGCAAAUUGACCAGAUUAAAAGGCACUCCAAUGUGGUAAUUCUGACCACUUCCAACAUCACUGAGAAGAUUGACGUGGCUUUUGUGGACAGAGCUGACAUCAAGCAAUACAUCGGGCCCCCUUCUAGAGCAGCCAUCUUCAGAAUCUACCUCUCUUGUUUAGAAGAACUGAUGAAGUGUCAGAUCAUAUAUCCUCGGCAGCAGCUGCUCACCCUCCGAGAGCUGGAAAUGAUUGGCUUCAUUGAAAAUAAUGUGUCAAAGCUGAGCCUCCUUUUGAGUGAAAUUUCAAGAAAGAGUGAGGGCCUCAGUGGCCGGGUCCUGAGAAAACUCCCUUUCCUGGCUCAUGCACUCUACAUCCAGGCUCCUAGUGUCACCAUCGAGGGUUUCCUCCAGGCCCUGUCUCUGGCAGUGGACAAGCAGUUUGAGGAGAAAAAGAAGCUUUCAGCUUAUGUUUGAUCCCAGACAGCCAUAUCUGUGGCUUCCAAUGGACAACUAGUAGGUGACACCACCUACCUCAUAAUGUACAUCAGAAAUUACACUAAACCAUGUAGGUCUGCAAGCCAGACAAGACGGGCGGGCAAACUUUGUCCAAAGAAGGACUGUUUUGUGUUGUUUUACAAUCAUAUUUAAAGGUAAACUGCCUCUCUUUUUCACUGUUUUUAAAAGAUAGUUCAAAUUCUGUUUUAAAGUCCUAUCUAAAUACUGAUUGCCAUCCUGACUUUAGCCUGUCAGAACAGAGGACGUUAAAUUUGUUUAAAAUGGAGAGAGAUCAAAACAGCUCUCCUAGAACAAGAAAGAUGCUAAAAGACAGCAUUGAAAGAUCUUUGCCCAAACUAGAAGGGAGCAGGUACUUUCUGGCCUGAGCCUGCUUCGGUUAACACAAGAUGCUAUGUAAUGGGUGAGUACGGCAUGUUCCCAUGAUAUGGAAAUUGAGAAGAGGAUUGCAGGUAAGGCCUUCUUUGACAGUGCUCAGAUGUCAUGUUCACAGGAGCAGUGUGUGCUAUGUAUGGUCAAAGGAAGCAGGCAGUGUGUGGAAAUUUCUGCUCUGUGUUUUGUUUCUCCAAUAACGUUACUCAUAUUUCAAGUGAAAAUUCAUGUUGCCAAAUAUAAAAUAAGUCGUUAAGUGUUGUACCUCAGAUGUCAUGUUUUACUUCAUCUUCUGCUAAAAGUAGUUUGGCAUUGAUGCUUUGUACAUGAAGUCACUUUUAA